AUGAUUUCUUUGACUGAAUGCUACGGCGAUGGUCUUUGUCCGAAAGUAGGAUUCAAGCCAAAUUCAGAGUCUCACAUAACCGCUGACGACUAUAAGGAUGACUGGACGCAUAAAGAAGUGACUGGCUAUAAACCAUUGUACAACACUAACAGCUCAAUCUCGAAAGAAACAAGCUCUGUUAGUGAGGUAUCAAGCUAUGCUACCUUCCAACCUCCUAAAUCUAACGACAUUCUGACAAAAUUUCAAGAAUUGUGGUGGAUCCAAGGGAAUAUACAUCCAAGUGCAAAAUGGGAAGAAGCUUCAUUACCCUAUAUGCUGAAAAGUGAUGUUGAUUGGGAGAAAUACUCAGAGCGAACUGAUAUGUUUAAUGUGCAUGGAAAAACAAAGACCAGUGAUAGGGAAAAAGAAGCAGAUAGAUCUUUUGCACUGAUUGACAAACCUGAAGUAAAUUCAAAUGGAUGUGAAGAUUCUAAUUCUGUCCUUUAUCAUAAUCAAAUUUCUAAUAUCAAUAAUUAUAUUUUAGUGUUGUUAUAG